UGCGCAGCUCUCCUUUCUGGUAGAUGACAAUCAUAGACAGCUAUACAGACUGCGCCUCCCUGACAUUAAUUUAGAAACUGUCAAAAGCCAUUUGCACGUUGACUAUCGAAUGCACAACCCGACAAUCCAAAGGCUCGCCACCAUCCCACAUCAAUUUCAAAAUCACCUGCUCAGAAAGAACCCAAGACUAGAGCAACUGUCGUUGCUUGGCCAGGAGCUUUGCCUCUCCAAAUCUUCUUGUCACCAAGGACUAUCUACCCUCUCGAACAACAAAGUAUUACUGCAAGCAAUACACGCACGUUCGUCUCGACUUGUCCCGUCAGGCUUCCGUCAUCAAAACCCACACUCCUCGAUUCAAGCUCUCCAAGGACAUCCCUGCUCACGUCGAUCCUUCUCUGCCACCCUCCAGUCCGCCAACAUGUCAUCCGACUCCUCCUACCUGUCCUUCCUCAACAAGGCCAAUGAAGAUCCCAAGUCUGGCACCGACCCUUCUUCGUCAUCAAAACAAUCGACCUCGGAACACAAGUCCAAACUCGAUCCCACCACACAAUCCUCCUUCCCCGAAUCCCUGCAGUCCAUUCCCGAUUCACUCACGUACACAUCUGACACCGACUCAGCGUUUGAACCUAUAUUCCUAAACUAUGCUGGUGCGGAUCUCCCUUCCAUCGACGAGUUCAAGAAGGUCCUGGAGGCAAGCAGGAGCGCGGGCAAGGACAGUGUCGUCGAAGAGUUAACGGUGAAGGACUUUGAUCCGAGGGGCCAGUAUAAGGAGAUCGUGGAUCGGGUCAAAAAGGCAGGAUCCGGCGACGUCAAGGUGUUCCGAGUCGAGGUUGGCGCAACAAGAGUCGAGUAUUACAUCGUCACAAUUGGGGAUAGGAGCUUGGUGGGUGUUGUGACUAAGGCGGUAGAGAGCUGAGAGUAUCACUUAUAACGUUAACCCUGAAUGCCACCACGAGGAGUAAAUUACCGAGUGUAAUCAAAACAUUGCGUGUAGCUACAAUUUCGGCUGACCAGCAGGGUCUCGAAAUAUCAGUGUAGCUAUGCAAACCAUAUACCAAUUAUGAAACUAG